AUGACGGAAACCGUUCUUCGCAAAGACCAGCUCGAGAUCAGCCUGCACAACGAGAAGAAGCUCAUCCAUGAGGGGGUUCUCAAGGAGGACAAUCCGCUCGACCUGAGCGAGGGCUUCCGGACCCUCUGCGAUGCCUGUCGACGAGGCGACCUGAAGCUCUGCCAAGAAAAGAUCUCGGAAGGCGUCAACAUCAAUGCGCGGGACCCCUUCGACUACACUCCGUUGAUCUUGCUUCUUCUCGACUCGGGUGCCUUGUGUGAACGGGAUACAUUUCAGGGUGAAAGAUGCCUAUAUAACGCUCUGAACGAUCGUAUACGCAAUUUGCUGCUGGAGUAUGAUUAUUCCAAGUCGACGGACCCUCUCCAACCGUUUGCGGCCCAUAUCUCCUCGCUUUUGACGCGGGACCACCCGCAGACCUGGGAUAUUGUGGUGACAGACGGCGAGGAAUCUCUGUUUCUGCACAAGUUUAUACUGGCUGCGCGAUCGCCAUACUUCAAAAAGAAGCUAGCUGCGUCACCUGGGUCGACAACAUUGAGGAUUCCCAGCACGAUUCCGCCGCAGGCCUUUGGUGCUGCUAUCAAGUACCUGUACCUCGGCGAGGCGCCGAGGGAGCUUCGGAGCGGCCCUGGCACUGGGUAUACCGAGUCCGAAGUGGCGGCCGGAGUUGAUAAAAUCGCAAAGUACCUUGAAAUCCCCAAUCUCCUCGACAGUAUCCUGGAUACCGGGGACCGGAGGCGGACUAGGCAGAGGAGGACGGCAGAAGUGGCAAGAGGUCGCGAUCAGUUUGAAUCGUGGUUCCGGGAAAAUGUUCUCGGGAACAAGCUUGUCGUCGAGACCAGCAAGGUGAACGAGGUGAAGUGGGAUCGCAACAACGCCAUUUUUGCCGACGUCUUGCUCCGGGCGGAUGAGGUGAUUGAAGAUGGGGAGGACCAGAACGAUGCGCAGACGCAAGAAAAUGGCGAGACGAGCUCGAUUCCAGUGGGGCCUGGAGCAUCGGCAGCAGAGGAUACCAAGGGUGGCCGCAAGCAGAAGUCAGUUCUGUAUCCGGUUCAUCGAGCGAUGCUCCUGCGCUCCGAGUUCUUCAAUGCCAUGUUUUCCUCCACUUUUAAGGAGGCCCAGGUGACGGAACACCUCCAGAUUAUCCACGUGGACUGCUCCCCGGAGGUUCUGGAAAUCAUCCUGACCUACUUCUACACGGAAAAGGCCGACUUUUCGCUCGAUAUAGCGGUCGACGUGCUUUUCGCAGCCGAUCUUCUUUUUAUCGAGAAGCUCAAGAACAAAGCGGCCGUGGUGAUCAGCAGCUUGGGUAGCGGGAAUCUGUCCCAGGCGCAGGCGUCGAAAACCCGACCCAGGAAACAAGCCAAAGGCGCGGGCGCGGCUGAAACGGAAGCCGAGGAGGCGGAGGAGAUCGAUAUCUACGAGAUCAUCCGCGCGGCCUGGCUCACGCGGGUGCAGCGACUGGAAGAGUUUGGGGCACGUUAUCUGGCCUACCGGUUGGAAGAGCACAUCGACAGGCCAGAGUUUGCCGAGCUGAUCAAAGAGUCGGCGACGCGGAUCCAGCGGCGAGAAGAGACGGAUACGAUCGAGCUGCUCGAUGAUAUCCGGUUCUAUCUGGGCGAGCGGUUCCGGCUGCGGUUCGACGAUACGGGACUGGUGGAGAUGCUGACGGCGAAUGCGCCCAAGAACUGGUAUCCGAAAGCGAAGGAGGAGAACCAGACGGCCUCCGAUGCGCCGAAGGAGGAGAAGCCAGCUGGUGAGGUAGCUGCUCCCGAGACGCAGGCUGCGCCGGCGGCGGAGAACAGGCCGAUCAUCCGGACGUUGGAUGGCGACAUUGUCGAGGACGAGUUUGACAGCGAUGCGAUCAACUAUAAAAUCCUGCUGGAGAAGUUGGAUCGACUGUUGGAGAAGCUCAAUCUGGAUGCAUAA